GGGUAAAAAAUAAGAUUCUACGAAUAAAUUAUUUAAAAAUAUUAGGAAUAAUCCUGAAUAUGCUCUAAUGUGUAUGAUCAUUUCCAAAUGCUUAAAUUAUCCUACUAAAGUAACAUCCCCCCAUCAUUCUCGGAACAAAUUAAAUAUACUUGAUAUAAUAAUUCGUGAAUUAACUUUUUUUAAAUGAGUUCUACUAUUUUAAAUUCCAUCAAUUCCCUUGAUUACUCAUUGGAAGUUGAAAGUGAUGGAAACUUCGGGAAAUUUACAGACCAGCUGGUUUACGAAGUUGUGAAACUCAGUGAAUGCGACUACGAUCCAGAAACUGAAACUUUUUAUUACCUUUGUCCCUGUGGAGACCUCUUUGAAAUUGCUUUAGAAGACCUUUUGAAGGGUAAUCUCAUCUCAGAAUGUCCAAGCUGUUCCCUUAGAAUUAGAAUUGAUUUGAAACCUGGUGAUUUGGACCAAUUUGUAAACAUGAAGACCGUUUAAAACUCCCAAGCAAUACUGUACCAUACUAAUUUUUAUUUAAUUUUAUUCCAGUAAUUUA